AUGGAAAUGUCAGGUGAUGCAGUAGAAGAUAAUCAUAAAACCGAAGAAAGCCAGCCGGAGGAGGAGGAAGUUCCUCGACAACUACUCAAUGGGAAAAAACUUUCAUGGCAAAAGUUGCGAAGAUUUGACUCUUUAGACAUCGAAUCCAGCAGCGUACAAGGUCAUCAUGCCCAUGGCUCCAAGGACACUGUGGCAUGGACUGUGAUAUUGCACCUAGCAUUUCAGAGCAUUGGAAUUGUGUACGGGGACAUAGGCACAUCACCACUAUAUGUGUUUGCAAGCACCUUCCCAAAUGGCAUCAAGCAUAAUGACGACAUUUUGGGUGUUCUUUCUAUCAUCUUUUACACCCUCACCUUGAUCCCUUUGGUUAAAUAUGUUUUCAUUGUCUUAAGGGCCAAUGACAAUGGUGAUGGAGGGACAUUUGCUUUGUACUCUCUCAUAUGCCGGUAUGCGAAGGUCGGUUUGAUCCCAAGUCAGCAGGCUGAGGAUCAGGAGGUCUCAAAUUUCCAGCUUGAUUUGCCAAGCAAUCGUCUAAAGAGGGCAUCUUGGCUUAAGUCUAAGCUGGAAAAUAGCCAGUUUGCCAAGUUCUUCCUUUUGUUCGCCACCAUGCUUGGUACCUCCAUGGUGAUUGGGGAUGGUGUGCUCACUCCUUGCAUCUCAGUUUUAUCAGCAGUGGGAGGGAUCAAGGAAGCUACAUCUGCAAUGUCAGAUGAUAUGAUUAUUUGGAUAUCAGUUGCCAUCUUGGUCCUCCUAUUCAGUGCUCAAAGAUUUGGAACUGACAAAGUGGGCUACACUUUUGCUCCAAUAAUUUGUAUUUGGUUUGCAUUCAUUGGUGGAAUUGGCAUUUUCAAUUUCUUCAAAUUUGAUACAUCUGUUAUCAAAGCUCUAAACCCACAGUACAUUUUCGACUAUUUUAAGAGGAACAAAAAAGAAGCAUGGAUUUCCCUUGGUGGCACUGUUCUUUCUAUAACAGGAACGGAAGCUCUAUUUGCUGAUGUUGGGCAUUUCACAGUUAAGUCCAUACAAAUAAGUAUGUGCUCAGUGAUCUAUCCGGCUCUCAUAUUAGCAUACGCUGGACAAGCAGCCUUCCUUCGCAAGCACAAUAACCUUAUUGGGGACCCCUUCUUCCAGUCUAUACCACGUUCUUUGUAUUGGCCAGUGUUUGUUAUAGCUGUAUUGGCAGCCAUCAUAGCAAGCCAAGCUAUGAUUUCAGGAUCUUUCUCUAUAAUCCAGCAAUCAUUAUCACUAGGGUGCUUCCCUCGUGUGAAAAUUGUGCAUACAUCAGCUAAGUAUGAAGGACAAGUUUACAUACCAGAAAUUAAUUACCUUCUAAUGUUGGCUUGUGUUGGGGUCACAUUAGGUUUUAGAAGCACCGCAAGGAUUGGCAAUGCAUAUGGGAUAGCGGUGGUGUUUGUUAUGACUCUCACAUCGUCCUUCCUAGUACUAAUCAUGAUAAUGAUAUGGAAAACCCACAUACUUCUCAUUAUCUCCUACGUUCUUGUUAUUGGCACCAUUGAGCUUAUCUAUUUAAGCUCGGUCCUCUACAAAUUUGACCAAGGAGGAUAUCUUCCCCUAGCCUUUGCUGCAAUAUUAAUGAUUAUUAUGUAUGUUUGGAAUGAUGUGCAUAGAAGCAAGUACUAUUAUGAGCUUGAUCAUAAAAUCUCUCCUGAUAAGCUCAAGGAAGUUGUUACUAGCACAAACUUGAGUCAAAUGCCUGGGCUAGCCAUAUUCUACUCAGAGCUUGUUCAGGGUAUCCCACCCAUUUUCAAGCACUAUGUUUCAAAUGUGCCUGCGUUGCAUUCGGUCCUUGUUUUCGUGUCCAUCAAGUCACUACCUAUAGGUAAGGUUCCAGCUGAUGAACGCUUCCUCUUUCGUCGAGUGGAGCCUUAUGAGCUCAAUGUGUUUCGUUGUGUUGUGAGAUAUGGAUACACAGAUGUGCGCAAUGAGCAAGAGCCUUUUGAGAACUUGUUGAUUGAAAAGUUGAAAGGGUUUAUUGCUAACGGUGAAUUUUGGUUGUCCCAGAAUGAUCUCAACAAGGAUGAUGAUAGUGGAGAGUAUUUAGAUGAAGGGGAGGUUGAUGGAGAGAAUAAUGAACAUAAGGAUGUAAAGCAAGUUGAUGAAGAGAAGCGACAAGAGGCAAUUGACAAAGAGAUUGAGGCAGUGAACCAGGCAUGGCGUGCUGGAGUUGUACACUUGAUUGGUGAGAAUGAAGUGGUUGCAAGCAAAGGAGCUAGUGUAGCGAGGAGAAUUAUAAUAGAUUAUGCUUACAAUAUCUUGAAGAGAAAUUUGAGGCAAAGUGAGAAAGUGUUUGAUAUUCCUCACAAGCGAAUGCUAAAAGUUGGCAUGACUUAUGAACUUUAGAACAUGAUUUGACGAUGUUGGGAUACAAUGGGAGCAUAGCAAAGCUAUGGAGAUCGUUGUCUCUCACACCUUAAUUAU